CUUGAGUCUUGACCAGAUCAACCGCGGGCCCAGAAUGCGGUACCGAUGCGCUCUGAAGCUGCUUCUUGCUUCAGCACUGGGUCUCUUCUUUUUUGUAGGGCUCUCAAAGAGGAAGAAGGGGCCUCCGUUGCAAAGGAUCCUCAAUGAUUUACUGGAACGCGGUAUCCCGCCCUCGCUCCCGAUCCGGACCAAUGUCACACUACGAAUCCGUGCUGUGCAGAAGCUGUUGCAUUCAGCAGUACCUAUCCUCUCCCCACAGAGACCCUAUGCGCUCUCCUCAUUCAUCUUCAACGCUUCUGAACUGUGCACGCUCAUAAGUUCCAAGCGGAUUCUCCUUGUGGGACCUGAAGUUACAUUCCAUCUGCACUCCUUGUGGCUCAGCGCGUUAGAAACUGCCGGUGAGGUCGGUCAUUCGUGUCCGGGUCCAGAAUUCUGCAACUUUCACCACAUCUGUCUCCCGCCUGGUCAUAACAUCUCUCACGCAAGAUACAAGAUACCACCUAAGGACGAAUACCUGAAGAUCUCCGGAUCCUCUGUACUCCGCUAUGUUCUUUCCAGCUCGCUCGAGACUUCCCUCAACAGACACGCUCCUGUGUAUACGACGGCACAGAUCGACCCGCUUACUGGCGUUCGAGUCAAGGAUGCUUUUUGGCGUGCCAAAGCCCGGGGCUCUGACAUCAUCCUUCUGAAUCGCGGACCCAUUCCGGCGCCGGUAGCGACGUAUCAAGGCCGCGAUCCUCUCGGAAACUGGAGUUUCGCUGCAGACGGUCCUUGGCUUUUUGGCUCUGAAAUCCCACGCACUCUUGAGACAUCGAUCAUCCAUGCCGCACUUGUCGCUACAUUAUAUAAAUUCGUCCCUCAAGUCGUCCGGUCGUUGCACGAGAUAUACCAAGAGCCAAUGAUGGCGUUCAAGACCUUGAUCUGGCAGAGCAACUGGUACAACGACUUCAUCCCACCCAACUGGACCGGCAAUCAACCAACGAAAGACCCUUGGGCUUUGUACUACAACUCACAGGUGUACAUGCAAGAUUAUCUGAUGCGGGCAAUACUGCCGUCUCACGGUGUUUACUAUCUUCCAGCGUUCAUGCCCUCCUCGAUGGUGGGGGCCGACCGGGCCAGCAAAUCAGUGUCACAAGAUGGACUACGACCUCCUAUUGGGACUCGAAAUGCUCAGAUGAUGGCAAGUGUGUUUUUGAAUGGCCUAUCCGAACUGUUAGAGAUACUAUCGAACGAGCGGGUCAAUGACUAGGAUGUAGUCGCAUUCCUUUCAUCUAGUUCUCCGUAUUUUAUUGCCCUUCUUGAUCACAGCUCCCUUCUGGCCACGGAAACCGCCGGCAUCCAGAGCCUCUUUGGCCACCUGAGAGAUGCACUUCCAGCGAUCGGCACCCAGCUUGACACCUCCAUACCAUCGCCACACAACAACGACUACAUCUUCGGUAUGGAACAGUCGCGCCAAUCGAUCGCCACUCCCCCCUUCGCCUCCGUCUGACUGCCCCUCGGUCCCGGAGGCACGGAAAGCGUACAUGCAAUGUGUCGCACGUUUGCAAUUGAGACGCGGAAUGUCGCGAAGAUGAUUGAGCAGUUGAGGAAGCGCGGAGGGAUCCGGGAGUUUAGUCGCAUGAGCCAGGAAGCCAGAUUUGCGAUCCAUAAUCCGGGAGGAUGUGAAAAGCUCAUACGGCCACGUAGCAUCACCCGGCUCGGGGUCAGUCGGGCUAGAUGUUGAAGCGUGACGUUUUAUGGGUACCGGGGCCCAGCAUCUCGUUCCAAGGAGGUCAAGAAUACAGCGGCUGGGCGGGCGGAGCAGGCCAGAACUAGCCCGCAUGUAACAUGUGAAUGUGAGGAACGAAUGGAGAUCUUGUUCUAAUUGAUCAAAUCACCCGCACCUGCCAUCUCUCAAUGACCCGUGCUCUAAGCGAUGCUUCUACUUCCCCAGUUCUUCAGGACUAUCCUAUCAAUUGCGGAUUCGAACGUCGAGACUUUUCACGGACUGAAAGACGAGCUCUAUCGAUGAAGUCCCGGAAGACGGGUUGAUAGACUUUGGCAGAUUGCCGAAGCUUCGACGACAUUAUCUAUGAUACGGUCUGGCUCCAUGAUGAACCUGGUCCGCCUCUUCAGUGCUCCAUCACCUCUGUCCCCCAUUACCCACAAUGCGCCUGAUCAUCCGUGACGAUCCCCCUGCUGUUGGCGACUACAUCGCGAAUUAUAUCUGCAAGCGUAUAAACGAUUUCGCGCCGACGGCCGAUCGCCCUUUCGUACUCGGUCUGCCGACUGGAUCUUCUCCCAUUCCCACCUACAAGGCUCUUAUCAAGCUCGUCCAAGCAGAGAAGCUCUCGUUCAAGCAUGUCAUCACCUUCAACAUGGACGAGUAUGUUGGCUUGCCUCGCGAUCAUACUGAAUCCUACCACACCUUCAUGUUCCGGGAGUUCUUCUCGCACAUUGAUAUUCCUCCGUCACAGGUCAACAUCCUCGACGGAAACGCCAUAGAUCUGAUCGCUGAGUGUAACUCUUAUGAGGCACGGAUCAAGGCCGUCGGUGGGAUUGAGUUAUUCUUGGGUGGAAUCGGAGAAGAUGGGCAUAUUGCAUUCAAUGAACCAGGUUCCUCUUUGGCAUCCCGUACUCGUAUCAAGACACUCGCGUUCGAGACUAUCUUAGCCAACGCUCGGUUCUUCGACAACGACAUCACCCAGGUUCCUCGGAUGGCUCUGACGGUCGGGGUCGCCACUGUUCUCGACAGCCGAGAGGUUAUUGUGGUCGUCACUGGGCAGCGCAAGGCCCUUGCACUCAGCAAAGCCAUCGAGGAGGGUGUCAAUCAUCUCUGGACUCUCUCGGCACUGCAAAUGCAUCCGUGGGCACUCAUUGUCGUGGACGAGGACGCAACUGCUGAACUUCACGUGAAGACGGUUAAGUAUUUCCGCUCCAUCGAGCGGGUUCAAGAUGAAGUUGAGAAGACACAGGCCGAAUUGAAGGCUCGAGGACUUCAAGAACAGCAAGUGGGAAGCAUGGAGUGAACCUCCUUCAUGCAUAACAUAUUAUUAUGUAACAGAAUGAACGCAAUCAGCUCUCCUCCCCGUCCAAAAUGAAUGAUCGUAUUCUCC